GUAUGUGUGUCCAGUAUGCGUGUCUAUACCUUUGUGUGUCUCUGUGUGAAUCUGUCUGAGUCUGUGUGUAUCUCGGGUGUGUGAGUGUUUGUGUGAAUCUGUGUUGUUUGUGUCUUUGUGUAUGGUUGUAUAUGAGUGUGGAACUAAACAGCAGUGUAUGUGGAUCUUUUUGGUGUAUGUGUGAGUCUCCGUGUGUGUCGGAGACUGUGUGUCCGCGUUGUGUGUGUGUGUAUGUGUGUGUUGUGAGGUGGCUCUAGUCAAAGCCCUCAUUUCUGAUUGGCUCAGCUCGGUGACGGGCCCGGCUCCUUCCCGGGUGCAGGCUGCGCUCGCGUGUGUGUCGGGGUGUGUGUCGGUGUAUGUGUGUCGGGGUGUGUGUGUGUGCGCGCGCGCGCCGGUGUAUGUGUGUGUGCGUGUGUCUGUGUGUGUCUGUGCGCGCGUGGGGGGGUGCUGUGUGCGUGUGUGAGUGCGAGUGUAGCUGUGCGCGCCGAUGUGCGGGCAGCGGCGGGGCGUGCGCGGGGCUGUGGCGGAGGAGCGGGGAAGGCUCUGAGAGCCGCGGCGGGCUGCCCGCCCCCGGCCCUGGCCCCGGCCUCGGCCCCCAGCCCCCAGCCCCAGUCCUGGCCCCGGGACCAUGGCCCCGGCCCGCGCCGGCCUGCCCUCCUCGCUCUGGGUGGUCACGGCCGUGGCCGCCACCUGCAUGUCGGCGGCCCGCAGCGAAGUGAACUUGCUGGACACAUCGACCAUCCAUGGGGACUGGGGCUGGCUCACAUACCCGGCACAUGGGUGGGAUUCCAUCAACGAAGUGGACGAAUUCUUCAGUCCCAUACACACAUACCAAGUAUGCAACGUCAUGAGCCCCAACCAGAAUAACUGGCUUCGGACGAACUGGGUACCACGGGAUGGUGCCCGCAGGGUGUAUGCGGAAAUCAAGUUCACCCUGAGAGAUUGUAACAGCAUGCCUGGGGUGCUGGGGACCUGCAAGGAGACCUUCAACCUCUACUACCUGGAAUCUGACCGGGACCUGGGCACCAGCACCCAGGAGAGCCAGUUCGUGAAAAUCGACACCAUUGCGGCGGAUGAGAGCUUCACUGGUGCGGACCUGGGUGUCCGGCGCCUCAAGCUCAACACGGAGGUUCGGGGUGUGGGGCCACUGAGCAAGCGAGGCUUUUACCUGGCCUUCCAGGACAUCGGGGCCUGCAUUGCCAUCCUCUCCCUCCGGGUUUACUACAAGAAGUGCCCGGCCAUGGUACGCAACCUGGCUGCCUUCUCGGAGGCAGUGACAGGGGCUGACUCUUCCUCCCUGGUGGAAGUUCGUGGGGAGUGUGUGGGCCACUCAGAGGAGCGGGAUACACCCAAGAUGUACUGCAGUGCUGAGGGGGAGUGGCUGGUGCCCAUUGGGAAGUGCGUGUGUAGUGCUGGUUAUGAGGAACUCCAAGAUGCCUGCGUGGCCUGUGAACUGGGGACUUAUAAAUCAGCUCCAGGAGACCAGCUGUGUGCCAGGUGCCCCUUACACAGCCAUGCAGCUACAUCUGCAGCCCAGACCUGCCACUGUGAUGUCAGCUAUUACCGGGCUGCCCUUGACCCGCCAUCUGCAGCCUGUACUCGGCCUCCCUCUGCCCCAGUGAACCUGAUCUCCAGUGUGAAUGGGACCUCUGUGACCCUGGAGUGGGACCCUCCCCUGGACAAGGGAGGCCGCAGUGACAUCACUUACAACGCCAUCUGCCGCCGCUGCUCCUGGGACCAGGGCCACUGUGAGACCUGUGGCAGUGGCACCCGGUUUGUGCCCCAGCAGAUGAACCUGGUACAGACAGCCCUGACGGUAGCCAACCUCCUUGCCCACAUGAACUACACCUUCUGGAUCGAGGCUAUCAAUGGUGUGUCUGACCUCAGUCUGGAGCCCCGACGAGUUGCCUCUGUCAACAUCACCACAAACCAGGCAGCCCCCUCCCAAGUGGUGGCGAUCCGCCAGGAGCGAGCUGGGCAGACCAGUGUCACACUGCUGUGGCAAGAGCCAGCCCAGCCUAAUGGAAUCAUUCUGGAAUAUGAAAUUAAAUACUAUGAGAAGGACAAGGAGAUGCAAAGUUACUCCACCCUCAAGGCCACCACCACCAGGGCAACUGUCUCUGGCCUGAAGCCAGGCACCCAUUAUGUGUUCCAGGUGCGAGCCCGCACUUCAGCGGGCUGUGGCCGCUUUAGUCCGGCCAUGGAAGUGGAGACUGGAAAACCAACAGGACUCCGCUAUGACACCAGGACCAUCGCGUGGAUUUGCUUGACUCUCAUCACUGGUCUGGUCAUCCUGCUGCUGCUGCUCAUCUGUAAAAAGAGGCACUGUGGCUACAGCAAGGCCUUCCAGGACUCUGAUGAGGAGAAGAUGCACUAUCAGAAUGGGCAGGCUCCUCCCCCAGUCUUCCUUCCCCUGCACCACCCCCCUGGGAAGAUUCCUGAACCCCAGUUCUACUCAGACCCUCACACCUAUGAAGAACCUGGGCGAGCUCGCCGUAGCUUCAGUCGUGAGAUCGAGGCCUCCAGGAUCCAUAUUGAGAAAAUCAUCGGUUCUGGCGAGUCCGGAGAGGUGUGCUAUGGACGAUUGCGGAUGCCAGGGCAGCGAGAGGUGCCAGUGGCUAUCAAGGCCCUGAAGGCAGGGUCCUCAGAGAGACAGCGGAGAGACUUCCUCAGUGAGGCAUCCAUCAUGGGACAGUUUGACCACCCCAAUAUCAUUCAUCUUGAGGGUGUUGUCACCCGAGGCCGCCUGGCAAUGAUUGUGACCGAGUACAUGGAGAAUGGCUCCCUGGAUUCUUUUCUGAGGACCCAUGACGGGCAGUUCACCAUCGUGCAGCUGGUGGGCAUGCUGCGAGGGGUGGGCGCUGGCAUGCGCUACCUCUCUGACCUAGGCUAUGUCCAUCGAGACCUGGCUGCCCGCAAUGUCCUGGUCAACAGCCAGCUGGUGUGCAAGGUGUCUGACUUUGGCCUCUCUCGUGUCCUGGAAGAUGACCCUGAUGCCGCCUAUACCACGACGGGUGGGAAGAUACCCAUCCGCUGGACAGCCCCUGAAGCCAUUGCUUUCCGCAAGUUCUCCUCAGCCAGUGACGUGUGGAGUUUUGGGGUGGUGAUGUGGGAGGUGCUGGCCUACGGGGAGCGGCCAUACUGGAACAUGACGAACCGAGAUGUCAUUAGCUCGGUGGAGGAAGGGUACCGUCUCCCUGCCCCCAUGGGCUGUCCCGCAGCCCUCCACCAGCUCAUGCAGGAUUGCUGGCACAAGGAGCGGAGCCAGAGGCCUCGUUUCCCCCAGAUCGUCAGCAUCCUCGACUCGCUCAUCCGCAACCCCGAGACUCUCAGGGUCACUGCCACAGUGAACAGGUGCCCACCCCCAGCCUUUGCCCGCAGUUGCUUUGACCUUCGAGGCGGCGGCGGAGGGGGCGGCGUCACUGUGGGGGACUGGCUGGACUCCAUCAGGAUGGGUCGAUACCGGGAGCACUUUGCCGCAGGGGGCUACUCUUCUCUGGGCAUGGUCCUGCGCAUGAACGCCCAGGAUGUUCGUGGCCUGGGCAUCACCCUCACAGGACACCAGAAGAAGAUUGUCAACAGCAUCCAGGCCAUGCGGUCCCAGCUGACCAGUCCCAGUGGCCCUCGGAGGCCCCUCUGACCUGCUGCUUGCUUGUGGAGACUAAGAGGGAGCCCAAAGCCAGGCCACCUGGGAGGGGAAGGGGUUCUUAGAGGGCUCGAGGUCAAUGGGCAAACUGUGUGGAGCUGGCUCCGUGGAGAGAAGGCCUAGGACCUAGCCCAGGAAAGAGGGGAGGUGGAGGCCACCCUCCCCAUCUCCCUCUCCCUUCCUCCUCAUGCUUCCCUCUGACCAUCAGACUUGCCCCCUGGGCUGGGUCAUGGGGGGCAGAGGGUAGUUCUGCUUGGGGUUGGAAGCCAAGCAAGGUCUUGGCUAGAAGCUACCUGGCUCUCAGGAUGGACAUGUCACUGCCCUCAGCCUCCUGAAAGCCCCUCACCUGUCUUUGAUGUGUCCACUCACAAUCCAGGGCCUGUGAGGGUGGGACAGGCAGAGACUUCACCAAGGUUCCCACUGGGUCCUAGGAACUCAUCCCCCGAAGGCUGCAAGCCUCCACUGGCCCUCAACUCCUGGUGUCAGCCAAAGACACUGUCCUCCUGCCCUCUGUGUGUGUGUGUGUGUGUGUGUGUGUGUGUGUAUGUGUGUGUGUGUGUGUGUGUAUGGGUGUGUGUGUGUAGGGUUCAAAGGUAUUCUGAACCAGUCAGACUAUAUCCAGGGUGCCACAUUUUGGGAAAAAAGCUGAGAAAGCUCAAGGAGGUUAUCCAGAGGGCAACCAAGAAAGAGAACGCCCUUGAGAACAUGCCACAGGAGAAUAGACUGAUGGAACUGGGCAUGAUUCACUGGAGAAGAGAAGACUCAGGGUUUGGGCACAAGAGACCGGCUUCCAGUAUUUAGAGGGCUGUUGACUGGAACAGGAAUUAGAUUUGUUUUGUUUGACCCUACAGUAGCAUUCAUUAUAAGCUGCAGAGAAGCAAUGAUAGACCCUGUUAUAAAAACAAAAAACAGCCCAUUGGUUACUAGUUCGUGACUUUGGAUGAGUCGCUACUUCUUCCACUUCAAUUUCCUUAUCGAAGAAGUGAGGGAGUUGGAGUCUACAAUUUUCUUGGACUUCCCUGGCCUUUUUCCUGAAGCCACUGGGGGGACACAGGAACCUCCUGACAAGCUGUGUGACUCACUCACUUUCUCUAGAGCUCAGUUUUCCCUUCUUUAAAAUGAGUGGAGUUGAAGUAGAUGGAUCUGUAAGGCUCUUCUGUGAAGGGAAGAGUCCAAGUGGAAAUUAGGGAGAUAUAGUGAUAAUCCUGUGGUUCGAAUUAGCUUAAAGCAGAGUGGGCUGCCUCAGUGGACUCCCACUGUUUGGAGGUCCUGAAAUAGAAUUGGAUGGACCACUCCAGGGGGUUCCACUGGGGGGACCCUGCCGAGGUAGAACAUAUACUGGCCGGCCUUUAGGUACUGCCCAACUGGAAUAGUCUGUAUUCCUUGUGUGAAUGUGUAUGUGGGUGUGUUUGUGGGCCUGCUAAAACAUGUAUGUUUCUGUGAGGAGAUAUUUGUGGGUGCCCAUAUCUGUGCUUAAGGCUUUCCCCUAGUCACAGGGAGGUAUGUGCUUCCAAGAUGGUGGAUUCAUGCAUUUGCAUGUAUGGCUGUGAGUAUGUUUGUAAGUGUGUGUAUUGGUGUGAAGGUGCCCUCUUUGUGAGGCUGUGGUCAGGUGACAGGGCUUCAGCCUUUCCUCCAUUCCCUCCACUCACUCACUCCCACACACCCACUUUGAGUUCAUGGGUCCUAGAGCACCCAAUGGGUGCCAUCUAGGUUCUGUGAUCAGUGCCCCACACACACACUGGGGCACCCCAAGAGAAACCAGUCUUGUUUUCAAAUUCACCAGCACCAAGACCCCAUCACCUCUCUCUCUCCAGCCCACCCAGGGACAAGUGAGGACCACCACAGAUCCAAGCUCAGGUUUGGGGGGCUGGGCUCUUCCUGGUCCUCUGUCCCCCAUGGCCCACUCUCCCCCAUUAGCUUUGGGGGAGCUCCUGGAGCUCUGGACACCUUUGGGCCAAAGUGUCUGCACGUCUUUGAUCUUCAGAGUCUGGAGCCCCUUCUCUUCUUGUCACCCCCAUCCCCACUCCUACCCAAUCUCCACCUCAGUCCUGGGGACGUUUUCGGUCCUACUGCUGCUUCAAUGGGAUAACAGGGUUGUCACUAUCACAAAUUCUUUUUCAUGAAGAUAUUACUAAAGCUGCCUAGGGGCCCCCAUCCCUAAACACCCUCCACUGCCCUGUUGGCCAGGGAGGAGGGGUGCAAUGGGACCUUUGGCUGCCAGGCCCCUAUUGCCCCCAUGGGGCCCCCAAUACCCAACCAUUUCCCCCUUUCUUCCCUUCCCCCCAAACACACUGAGCAGAGUUAGGCCAAGCUUUGGCCAUGGAAAACACCAAUCCCCACCCAAAGGCCCUGCCUCUGUUGAGGAAUCUCAGGACUUCAGAUACUUCCCUGAACAAUAAACUCCUCACACCAGCUGGGCCUUCCUCUGGGUUGGCAACCACAAAGGGAUAGAAUGAGGAGGGGAAGGGUCUUUGGAACUGGAAGUGGGAGGACUUAAAGGGCCUAGAAAGAACUGGAAAUACUUAGGGUCACUAGAAUACAGUGUCAGAGCUGGGAGGAGUCUUAUAACCCAAUGUUGGAAACAGAAAGGAUUUUAUAAGAGGGAAUAUCAGAGCUGAAGGGACCCUUCAAAACCACCCAUACCAAACCCUCAUUUUUGAGGGGGUCGUUGAGUAACAGAAUGGGAGCCAGAGACAUGGUUCCAUUGACUUCCUCUCCAAUAGCUCUUUGCCCCAGUCAUACCCCACAAUGAAAGCUUCAGACUCUAGGGGGAUCAAUAAGGAGGCCUAUAAAGACUCCCUCCUUUCUCAGAAUCUGACCCUGCACCCCUUUUAACCACCCCCUACUACCAACCCCAGGGUAUGUAAAUAUUUUUUUUCUACUUGUGUUUGAGAAAUUUUUUCCUGACUUCCUAACAAUGCAAAUAUGGUCUUCAAAGCACAGAAAAAGUCACCAAGUGUGAGUAAGGAUCUUCCAAAAGAUGACUAAGCCCAGCUGGGGCCCCUGUCUUGGGAAGCUGGGUUUGCUGUCAGGGGCAGGCCCCCCUCAGCCCCUGUGCACUGCCUCAGCCUGCAAAGGAGAAUGGGAUGAGGGGCUGGGCCAGGCCCCCAUCUCCCUCUAUUUCUUUCCCCAUCACCCCCAAUCAGCACAGUUGUCCCAAGGACACACCAGCAUGGGGCACCUCCAAGGCCCUGAGCCCCUCUUGUUCCUGCAAUAAUUCUGGCCCAAGGUACCCCUGAGGCCACCAGGGUCUCUCUCUUUCUCUCUUUCUCUCUCUCUUUCCCCCUCUCUCCCUCCCCUUCUCUUUCUCUUUCUUUCUCUCUUUUCCCCUCUUUCUUUCCAUCUCUCUCUCUCUCUCUCUCUCUCUCUCUCUCUCUCUCUCUCUCUCUCUCUCUCUCUCUCUCUCUCUCUCUCUCUCCCUCCCUCCCCUUCUCUUUCUCUUUCUCUUUUCCCCUCUUUCUUUCCAUCUCUCUCUCUCUCUCUCUCUCUCUCUCUCUCUCUCUCUCUCUCUCUUUCUCUCUCUCUUUCUUUCUCUCUCUCUCUCUCUCUCUUCUUUCUCUCUCUCUCUUUCUCUCUCUCUCUCUCUCUUUCUCUCUCUCUUUCUUUCUCUCUCUCUCUCUCUCUCUCUCUUUCUUUCUCUCUCUCUCUCUCUCUCUCUUCUUUCUCUCUCUCUCUUUCUCUCUCUCUCUCUCUCUCUCUCUCUCUCUCUCUCUCUCUCUCUCUCUCUCUCUCUCUCUUGCCCCCUUUUCUUCCCCUCUGCUCCUCUGUCUUUCUUUCUUUCUCUCUCAACUACACAGCCAAUCUGUCCUUCCUUCCUAUGGAAGUUGGGGACUGGGGCUGGACACAGCACAACAUCAGGCUGGGCCCUGGCCUGCUCACAAACCCACAUUCCCAGGCCUCUCAGUCCACCCAGGGCACAGGGAUCCCUCAAGACAAUUGGUCAGAAGGACUGGUCUGGACCAAGUUGUGGUUCCAACUUCCACCCUGGAGAUGGGCACCAAAGCCCUCACUGUGUUCUUCACUCUGAGUCAACAACUUGCCCAGGAGAGUAAUAAAUUUCUUCAUCUUGUGCCCA